AUGUCUUCCUCAUCUACUCCUCAAGCGACUGGUUUGCAGAUGAGUGAUAGUAUCAAAUCAUCGACAGAUAGAUUAUUAUACCGCAAAAAUGAUAUUAUCGGGGCCACAUUAAGUUCGGAUAACGGAAUUUAUUUAUCCGGUCAAUCUUUACAACACCUUCCAAAACAUGAAGAAUCAAUUUUUGAUACUUUGAGUGCUUGUUAUAAAUCCCCUGACAACACAAUAGAAUCAGAUUUCAUCCCAUUUAAAAAUAUAUUAAACGUGGAAUCGAUUACAGGCAGUAUUGCCGAUGAAGAUGAAGUUACCAAUUCCAAUUUAUUAGAGAUUACUUAUACUUUACCAUUCCUGGAUUUAAAUCACGACUUGAAGCUUGAAAAAAUAAAAAUCGAUAUAGAAAGCGGUCCCGAAAUCCCCCCUUCUCUUGCUGAAUUUGUAUUAUUGCAAUCAUAUGAAAAAAGCAUUAUCCGGCCUUCCAUUUUGGUAUUGAUAAAUCCUCACGGAGGUCAAGGAAAUGCCAAAACUAUUUAUAAAGAUAAAAUUUUGCCUGUAUUACAAGCCGCUCAUGCUAACAUUACGUAUUUUGAAACAAAAUAUCACGGGCACGCUACAGAGAUUGCACGAGAGUUGGAUGUCAAUGAUUAUGAUAUAAUUGUUUGUUGUUCUGGAGAUGGGAUACCUCAUGAAGUUAUUAAUGGCUUCUAUCUUCGGCCAGAUAAAGGUGUACUGGCAUUCAACAAAAUCGCUGUUACUCAAUUACCUUGUGGGUCAGGGAAUGCAUUGAGUUUGAGUACACAUGGUAGUAAAAAUGCAUCAGUUGCAACUCUUCAUAUGUUGAAAGCUCAUAAGACAAAAUUAGAUUUGAUGGCUAUUACUCAAGGUACAGGAAGUGAAAAGAUAACAAAAUUAUCUUUUUUAAGUCAAUGUUAUGGUAUUAUUGCUGAUUCUGAUAUUGGAACCGAACAUUUACGUUGGUUGGGUCCUAUAAGAUUUGAACUUGGAGUGAUACAAAAAGUGUUUUCUGGGGCAAAAUAUCCAUGUGAUUUAUUUGUGAAAUACAAAUACGAUAACAAUUCAGAAAUCUUAAGUCAUGUAAACGAUUACUUGACCAAUAAUGAUAAUAAGAACGAGCUACCUAUUAUCACUGAAAAAGACUUACAAAUAACGAGCCCAGAUUUGGAUCAGCCUGUGCCUAAUGAUUGGAAACGUAUUCCUAAUGAAAUUUCCCACAAUUUGAAUAUAUUAUAUGUUGGCAAAAUGCCAUUCGUGUCUGCAGAUACUCAAUUUUUCCCAGCUGCGCUACCGAAUGACGGUUCAAUGGAUAUGAUUGUCACCGAUUCCAACAAUUCUAUAUGGAAAUUGACGUCGAUAUUGAUGGCAGUGGAAAGUGGGAAACAUAUUGAUGAUGAAAAAGUGUACCAUACAAAGGUUUUAAGUUAUCGUUUGAUACCAAAUAUCAAAGAUGAUAGUAAACACUAUAUAUCCAUUGAUGGUGAAGAUUUCCCAUUUGAACCUUUCCAAGUUGAAAUAUUACCAGGAGUGUUGACAGGAUUACUACAGGAUGGGAACUUUGUGGAAACAUCAUUUACCAAAUAG